AUGGACACCAUUGUUGUUUUGGGAGCCACAGGCCAGCAGGGAAACUCCGUUGUUAAUUCUUUACUUCAGAAUGGCAAUUGGAAGGUACGAGGCGUCACUCGCAAUUUGGAAAGCGAACCAGCAAAGAAACUCGCCGCAAAGGGUGUCGAAGUUGUGGCAGCUGAUGCUAACGACGAAUCCUCGCUCGUAAAAGCAUUUGCAGUUAGUGUGCCCCCCAACCGAGACAGACCUAUACCUUGGCUCCCGACUAAGUAUCUUCAACAGGGCGCAUCUGCAGUCUUUUCCUUGACUAACUACUGGGAAUCUUUAUUCCAACUCGGCCGUGACGGAGCGGGUCUGCAAGAACAGAAGCAACAGACCAACAUCGCCAACGCUGCCGCCAAAAUCCCAACCUUGAAGCACUACGUGUUUAGCACCCUUCCGCCGGCUGGCAAGGUCUCUGGAGGGCAACUCAAAGUUCCUCAUUUUGACUACAAAGCUGCAGUGGAGGAUUACAUCAGGGAGACUCUGCCAGAACUAGCAAGCAAGACUACAUACUUGUGGGUCGGCUGGUACGCUUCUAACUUGACCGGUUCAAAGCCACUGUUCGAUCCUGUUUCUAGAAAAUCAAUCUGGCUGCAGCCUAGCAUCGGAAGUGCCAAACUGCCAAUUGCUGGCCAGACUUCUGUAAAUGUUGGCAUAGCAGUCGAGGCAAUUGUUUCUAAUCCAGAGUUGACUAAAGGCAAGUAUGUUCCACUUGUGACCGAUUAUCUGUCAUUCGAGGAAGUGAUAAAGGAAUGGUCAGCAGUUACCGGGAAGAAUGGUGUUUACAGUGAGGUUAGCGAUGUUGUUGCUGAGUCUAUCUGGGGAAUAUAUGGUUCUGAGCUAGCAUCUCAAUUCCGAUGGAGCGAGUCUUACCCCAAUUGGUCUGCUUGCAAGCCGGAAAAUGAGGUCGUGUCGCUAGAAAAGUUGGGAAUUAGAGAGAAGGUGGUCGGGCUUAAGGCGGCCCUCGAGGCUUUGAAGAGUGAUCUAUAA